AUGUCGUUGCUUGAUGAGUUUUUUGCGGAUGUGGCCGAUUCCUCGGAUACUGCUCCAUCGGUUUCAUCCACCACGACCAAUGCAUCAUCGGCUUCAGUGAGUGGAGCAGGAGCUUUCCCAACAGGAUCAAGAAUUUUUAAUCACCCUACUACAACAACAACAACAAGUAUGGGCGGAGCAGCACUUGUUCUCGGAUCAUCUUCGUUGUUGCAACAUCCACCACCUCCAACACCUACCUCGGCAUUAUCAUCUUCUUCUGCAAACAGCAUGAUAUUUCAUCCACAACUACAUCAGGGUCAUUCACAAUUAUCCAUGAUGCUUGAUGAUGAUGGUGCUUCCACAACCACAGAUGAAGCCUCAAGCUCGGGAGCACCUCUUCAUUUGAACAGUUUAAAUCAAAAUUCUCAGAAUAGAUUCCAUCAAGAUCAUGAUGCCCUCUCAACGACUUCAUCCAUGAGCACUUUCUCGUCGGGAUCACACAGCCAUUUUGUUCCUGACAUUACAGCAGCAAGUAGCAGUGCUACUGGAACGACGACACCAUCAAUAUCCAACCUUCACGUUUUAUCUUUAAAAAAUACAAUUCCAACAAUUCCACCACCCAUAACGAGCUUUUCUGCACUGUUACAGGACGCAACUUUCAAUCGUCACAUGUUCAAAAUUAAAGAAUUUACAAAAACGGAAGGAAAAAUUUUGAAAACAGGAGCUUCGUUACAGGAGGAUGAGGAAUAUCCAUAUAUUUUAGCUAGCAAUUCAUACAUUCUUUCCAUAGAUCAAGAAAUUGAUAGUUUAUUUAUUCAGUUGAAAGGAUUUUAUGCUGAAAAGUUUAAAGAUUUGGAAAAUAAUGUGACAGAUCCUGUAAAUUAUGUACAAACAGUUUUAAGAAUUGGAAAUGGAGUGCCAUUGGUAGCUCCAAGAGGAACAAGCUCUACCUUUUCUGAUAUUGACUUGAGCGAUUUAUUACCACCCUCCACAAUCAUGAUUUUAAAAGUUACAGCUGCCAACGAAGGAACUUUUACUGUUUCUCUCAGUGAAGAUAAGUGGAAAAAAAUUGAACAAUUAUGUAGAGACAUUUUGCAACUGGAUGAAUCUAAAGAGAACAUUUUGGACUAUGUUUCCAUGAGAAUGGCAUACGUAGCUCCAAAUUUGAGCGCUCUUGUAGGCACAAGAAUUGCAGCGCAACUCAUUGGAGCAGCAGGAGGUAUUUUAUCCCUGUCACAAACAUCAGCCGAUGUUCUCCAAUGUCUAGGACGAGAUAAGAAGAAACUUGAGGGCUUAUCAUCGAACACAUUCAUGAGCAUGUUACCAAAACGAAAGGCUAACCUUGUUGGAGAUUCUCAAGACUUACCCACUCAACUAAUUUCAUAUAAUGCAAGUGACUUUUCUCACAUGCGACACACUGGCUUUGUAGGUUUGUGCGAUUUAGUAAUGGAGCAUACACCUCCACGUGAAAAAUUACGAAAGAAAGUUUCGCGAGUAGUGGCUACAAAAUGUGCUCUAGCAGCUCGAAUCGAUAGCUGUAACUCCGCAAAAGAUGGAUCUGAAGGACACAAACUCAGAGAAGAUGUUCUUGCCUUUAUCAAAAAACUCAUGGAACCACCAAAGAGAAAAGAAGACAAGCCACUACCAGCACCAGAUGCCAUCAAGAAGACCAACAGAGGAGGUAAAAAAUCAGCCAUAGAAAAGGAGUUGUCACGAACUUCAGAACUUCGAAAGAAAUAUGAAAGAUUGGAAUUUGGUACUGAGGGAACUGAUGACUCUUACAUUGGUGACGGCUCAGGUACCAUGCUCAUGAAAGAAGGAGCCAAAGGACUCGGUCAAUCCCUUCGAUUGAAGAGUGCCAUUCUCUCUGCCGGUAAAAAAUAUGAAAGUAGGAAUAGAAAGAAGCAAACGAGCAAGACACCUCUGGGUACCUCUUCAAGUGCUGCUGGUGCUUCAGUUUCAGAGUCUGCAGCAUACUUUGAUGGUAUUAGUACAUUGUCGAGCACUUCGAUAUUUAAAAGUGGUACUGCAACGCAAAUUAUUAGAACUGGUACAGCCACAUCUAUGGCAAUCAAUGAUAAAAACGAAAUGGAGCUUCUGAAUCCAAGUCUCAUCGAGGAAGAAAAGAAGAAGCAUGAGAAAAAGAAGACAAGCUAUUUUUCAGCAGAGACAAAAUUCAAAAAGAUGGACACUUCAAUGGCUCCACCAACGGUUGCAAAAAAGAAGUAA